AUGUUUUUCUUCUACAAAGGAGGGCGUCCCGAGCCCUUCCGUCGCAUCCACGAAGUCGCCGAAUGGAAACGCCAACGGAUAGAUUGGUUAGCAACAUUUCAUCCUGGAUAUGUUAGUGGUACUCUUUUACGGGAUGCUCUGGGGCUACAGGAUGGCGAUUUCGGAGAGAACGUCGAGUGGCUGUGGAACAUGGCUUACUGGGGUUAUCCCAAGGGCUGGGUCAGCGACGUCGAUCCGCGGGAGCGAGUCUGGAAACGCAUCUCAGAGCAGGUGACGGAUACUCUGGAGAACACUGAAGACGAGCAUCUCUCAUUGAUCAUUCACGGUGACGGCGAGGAAGAGCAUGUCUUGCUUCCUCAACAGAACUCUUUUGUCAAAGGUCUUUCUCCGGAAGAAGGCGACAAUGACUGUGACCUGGAAGACUGUGACCUGGAAAACCGUGAUCUGGAAAUAUCUGUCUCAGACCCUCCUAGGGCAACAAUAGUGCGGCGCUGGGCCAUGUACCCGGACACUUACUUUCAAUCAUCGCUGCUACCUGUUUACAAUGGUCACAAGCUUUCUCGAAGAGAACAUGUCUUCCUUGGACCUACGCCGACUUACUUUGCAAGUAGUCGAGGCAGCAUCGCGCAGCAAGCUCAGAGUGCAUCCUGCAGUCUUCCCGCUGCAUCUAAUCUCUCUCCUUUUGUGCAUAUACUGCCGCCUCCUUCCCCGAGCUCUACGCAAUCCCUUCAGAAUACCGUGCAGACUGAUUACGGAGGAGAGGCUGACAUGGACCUAUCUGACUAA